ACUGUAAUUUGUUGUUUUACGGUAGGCCCUACAGUAUACUAGGUACCGGUACACUGACUGUAUGGAAGCACGAUCCCAUAAAACUCAGCUACCUGCCUGAGCUCCAGACAUCGAAUACAUUUCAGGAAAUCUCUCAAUCGGGAUGAGGGUAAACUCCAAUUCCAUGCGAUCUUGGUGAAUUAGUAGAAGAAAUCAAGAUGGAUAGCAUUAUUCCUCCAGAGUUUCCAGAGGGAGUCUUUGUGGAAGAUGGAAAAGACACUUCUGAUCCACCUAAGGUAGAAUCUGCUGAGAAAGAGAAGCUUCUUGAGGGGGAGGAUGUGCACAUGUCCAGCUUCUUGUCCGACUGGGAUACGGAAGCUGACCAGGGUGGACGCAUGGUCACGGCCGACAGCGGCGAUGACCGCUCCAUAGACAGUCUUCCUAUGUCACCCGACGAAGCCAACUCCAAUCAGAAUGCCGACAUUCCAGUCCGAGGCAUGGCGCCGGUCCUGGUUGGCGAGGAAACAAGCCACGCCUUCUUCUGCUUCGCUUGGGAGGACGACGAGUGGACCAUAAACGUGGUCCGCAAGCUGGAAUCCACCGCAUAUGGAUUCACCUGUGACAACAGCAACCACAAGUGGGAUCCCGGCGUUGCCAAGAUGGACAAGAUUAUCAACUGUAUCUCCACCUCCAAGAAGCUGGUGCUAGUCUUGUCGCCAGACUUUAUGCGCAGUCCAUGGUGCACGUAUGAGAAUAUGCGUGCUUUGCGCGUUCAUUACACGAACACAGCAAAGGUAAUAUUGGUGGUGUUGAAUGAGAUGGAUCUCCCGGACUUUCUGGAUGGGAUACCGACCAUUAAUGCGAUGUCAAGGAACUUUUGGCAGAGAUUUGUCGCCGCAUUAAGAUUAGGUUCAAGCUUAGAUGCCCACGAUGCCUCUGUUAACAACAAUGUGCCUGCCCUGUACAACAGUGCUCAUCUCGCAACCAUUCAGUCCAGUACAGAUUGCUGUUGUAAGGCAAGAUUUGAUACUAUUUACUGUCCUGAUGAACUAGCAAGAAAAGGCGUUCAGAUACCUCAGCGGGAUUACACCUCGGCCAUCACCGCCAUCUUGGACGCUCCGAAGAUGAGAUGGUACACGUUGUGGUACAACCGUUUCUUCAGCUCCCUCAUCUGUGCCAUCAUCACCGCCCUCAUCAUCGUGGGUGUGGUCGGUAACCUUAGUAACUUCCAUAACAAAGAAUCGGGCGGUCUCCAUGUCGGGAUAUCCCUCCUCAUCGCUGUUGUCCUGUCCGCUGUUGUGGUCGGCCUCCUGCAUCUUAUUGUCUUCUAUGAAAAGAGAAAGUUAAACGUUUUAAUAGAAGCUAACCUAUCCCGUGCUAACAUGGUGUUCUCCAAGCAUAACAUCCUGGUUGGGAUGACCGAUAAAUUCAACUGGUGCUGGAACAGAGCUGUGCUUCAUUUUGUAUAUUUUGAUUUGGCAGAAUGUAGGAAAGAGAUGGUAAAAUUCUUGAAUGACAAUCGCAAUACAGGAGAUGUGGACAUUGGUUUAAAUCAGAAUUCGUCAGUAAGUGUUGAAAUGCUGCCCUCUGGAGGAUGUGAUGGAGAUACCGCUCGGCUCACCAUGGAUACUAAACUCCGGACAUUGUCCCCUCAGACUCUUAUUGCCGAUACAGACCCAAGAUCUGUUGAGGAGGAAGCAGAGUUGUACCUCAUGCAGAACAGUGCAUCGUAUAUCAACAAACUACUCAAAAAGCAGUUAGUGGGACCAUUAAGAAAGAGACAUUGUAGGACCACUGUAUGCCUGUGUCAGUACGUCCAAAAGACAGUCUUCAGUGUUCCAGUAUAGCACCCACCAGAAGUUGACAGAUUUUCAUUCAUUGUGUGCAGCAACUGUGUGUCUCUUGUCUGACUGGUUUGAAUGCACUGCGAGUAUGGUGUUUGUGUUGAUUAUGGUGUUUGUUGGUUGGUGUUAUUGUUGGUGUACAGGUCAUGGAUUGGACUACAGAAGUGGGCUCCAACACCAUCAAUGAUUGUAUGUCAUUUCAAGCAUGGUGCUGGUGUUAGUGUUGAGAACAUGAAUUUUGGAUCCUAGGACUCAUCUCCUACAACAAUACAAAUUAUAGAUUAAUACAAAUAUAGUGUUGGUAUUGGUGUUGGUGUUAAGCAUGAAUAAGGUUCCUGAACUCAUCCCCAACAUCAACACCAACAUAGGUGAAUAGUGGUUGGUGUUAGUUUUUAGAGCAUAAAGAAGGCACCUAAAUUCAUCUCCAACACCAUCACUGAUUAAAUAUGAUUUCAACUAUUGGGUUGAUGUUGGUGUUAGUGUUGAUCACAUGAAUCAGGCUCCUUAUUUUGGCAUCAACAUCUGCAUUGAAUAUAGGUAAUAUCAAGUAUGAUGUGGGUUUUGGUGUUAGUGUUGAGAGCAUGUAUCGGGCUCUACUACUCAGCUUCAACAGCAACUCUAACUAUACCAGUAGGUGAUUUUGAAGUUCAGUGUUGCUGUUGCUUAUUUGGUUUAGUGUUGAGAGUAUGAAUCAGGCUCCUAAAAUCAUAUCAUCAACACUGACUAUAGGGGAUUUCAAAUAUGGUGUUUGUGUUGAUGUUUUAUGUGAUAGUGUUAAGAACGUAAACCAGACAACUGAACCCAGGUCCAACAUUAACACUGAGUGUAGGUAAAAUCAAGUAUAGUGUUUUUCUUGGGAGCAUGAAUCAGGCUCUUUAAUUUUGCUUCAACAUCAACACUGAGUAAUGGUAUUGGUGUAGGUGUUAGUGUUGAGAGCAUGAAUCAGUCGAUUGUGUUACUAAUAGCCAAAAAGCUGAUAAAAAUUCAAACUCCUGCCUCAUUUUAGAUUUGGUGUUGUUACUGGUGUUUAUUUUGUCUUGACACCAGUGUCAACUUUCAACACUGCACUAAAAAUACCUAAUGAGGUUGUCAUCAUUAUCAUCAUCAUCAUCAUAUCAUUUAACUUCAGAUUUCCCAAUUUUAGGAGUUGGCAUAAGAUCCUGACCAUUGCACUUCUCUUUUAUGAAAUGUGUGAGAAUCAAUAUGUGUAUUCAAGCAAUGUGUGUUUGAUUGAUGAGGGUAAGAGAUUUAUAUAUAUGAUAGAAAGUAUUGCAAAGUAUUGCGUAAAUUGUGCCUUUUUUGUCAAUAAUUGAAUUGAAUUUUGCAAAUACAACUCUUGCUCGAUCCUUUAUGAAUAUAAUGAGCAUCAAAAUAAAAAUAAAUGAUUUAUGUUUGAUUCAUGUCAUAUAUGUACAGUACUCUGAUAUUACUGCAGAUGUAUUAAAUUGUUAAAUUGUGAUUAUUCCAUCAAAUGGAAUAUAUUGAAGUACUAAAUGUAAUCAUUUAAUAAACUGUAUCUCCUCUCUGAAACCUUCAGAAAUUACUUAGACGGAGGUCAAGGCGGCCACAUUUACAUUUUCCAUCUUAUUUUUCCAAUUCUUUUUAUCAUGUAAUUUUGUAGUAAAGUAAUUUAUUAAAUUAAAAUGUUUGUUGCUAUCAAAAUGAAAUAAACCAUUAUUAGUACUCAGUGCAAGUACAUCCUUUAGAGAUAUAUAUUGAGGACCAGUGAUAGACUAUAUGGGCAUUUUCACCACAGAUGGACACAGAGGCAAAAAAAUCAAGUUGAUAUUCAUGUAAAAUGCUUUAUGUUUUUUAAUAAAACAAGACCUGAAGUUUCUGAGACAAAUUUUUUUUUCGACUCUGGCAGCCAUUUUUUAUUUCAAAAUGGCUGCCAAAGUAUGGAUACAAAUUAGUGUUGAAAAUAGUAUAUUGAUACAUAUUUUGUUUUGACAGAUUUUUAAAGAACAGGUUUGAUCAUGAUGUUUUCGCCUGUGAUUUAGCUUGCUAUUAUAACACUCUUUAAAAUCCCACAGAAAGAAACACCAGUAAUUCAUUCAUCUGAUAAAAAAACAUUGAUGAAGUAUGUGAUAUGGUAUGUAAUGUCAGUUACCGAAAACAUGAUUUUUUUUUUCUCAUUUCCUGGAAAAGAGGAUAUAUUAUAUGAAACUUGGUAGAUUUCCUCUCUAGGUAACACCCCUCCCUUCUACACCAAAAUUAAAGAUUACCAAUUAACAAUGAAGCCAUAGGGUACCAUUAAAUAUAUGUAAUGUCAGUUACCAAGUGUAAAAUGUAAUGUCAGUUACCGAGAUGUAAUGUCAGUUACCAUGAUAAAACAUUGGUUUCCAAUAUUGAAAUGCAAAUAUGUGGUCAAUUUUAUGGUGAAGAAAUAUUGUAUACUUGUUAUUUAAGUCUUUCACUUUAAAAGUCACACCAGAAGGAGCUUGCUAUUGACUUUUAAAAGGUAUAGUUCACAAGGAAUACUAUAUGAAAUUAAUGAAAUUGUGAAGGAGUUGCAUUCCCAUCGUGCAAAAAAAAUUACUAUGAAAUUGUUUUGUACAUGCACUUACCAAGUACAUAAUUGUUUGUAUCAGACAAUUUUUUGUUUGGUUUUCGGGGGGGGGGGGUAGGGGGUACUUUUCCCAACCUAUUGCCUAAAUCUGCAACAUUUUUUAAGCUUAACAUUGUGAUGAAGGGGAUUUCCAGGGUCCCUUUUUAGUUUCUAGGAUUCUUUUGAGCAUUGCCUCGCUAAAGGCAAAUUCCUGGUUUUUAUACCUGUUAGUAGUGUGGAUGUGUGAUACAAUUUUGUUUUUGGUUUACAAGUAUAGAUGAAAAGUGAAAUUUGACAGUUCUGAUCAAUGUUGCAUGGAUCUACUAAAACUGUGUUUUUUUUCUUCUAAUUUACAAAUAGUUCAGUUUCAGUUUAGAAGCUGGAGUUUAUUUUUUGUUGACAGCUUAAAAAAGAAAUUAGCAAAGAAAAUGAUUAAACAAAUUAUGAUGAGAAUUGAAAUCCGACAGAUAUGAACAAGCAUUGCUUGCACUGACCAGAAUAGAAAUCAAUAAAACUACAUGGCUGCAUGAGAUUCGGGGGAGGGGUAUGUGUAGCCUAGGGGAGGGGGAGGUUGGAGAAGGAAAAGGUUUAAAAAGUCAAUAUAAAACUGAUGAAUAUAUUAUGGGUAUAUAGUCAGAAAAAUCCAUGUGUACAGUCAAUGCAAUAUUAAAUUACUAAUAGGAAAACAUGUAGCUGCUAUGACCCCACCAACCCCACCCCCGCGAGUAAGUAAAACGUACAUUUCUUAUCUUUUGAUAAUUAAAAAUGUGAAGUAUUAUGAAACUUUUAUGAUUUUAAAAAGCCUUACAUAUAAGUACCAAGAAAAUUAUGCCUUUGAAAAUCAUAUAGCACUGGUAAAUGUUAAUGUGUAUUGUCAGUUACCGACAAGUAAUUGUAAAAAUGUUCAAAUCAAAGAAAGGAAUUAAGAAAAAGAAAAAGUUUUUUCAUUGAAAUGUUCCUAGAAACUCGGGUAUACUUCCACAUCAAGCUCACUUUCAUGUGAAGCCCUGCACAGAAGAUACAAUGCAAUGAUUCCACACAUUUGACUUCCAUGUGUUAUCUCUAUGGCAAAUUAAGUGUAAUGUCAGUUACCGUAAUGUCAGUUACCAGCAUGGUUGUGGAAAACUUAUCAUAGCCCCCAAAAGACAAAAACAAAAUGUUUAAUAUUUUGACACAUGUUAACCUAGUAACGAAGGUAUAUUUACAUAUUCAAAUUAUUACUCUAUCUACUCAGGGACAUGAGAUAUUUCAAUUUUAAGGAACACCCUGAAAUUGCAUGUCCUUUUGCGUAAUGUCAGUUACCGACACAUUUUUGCUUGCUCAUGCGUAAAAAAAUGUGGUUACAUAGGAAAACUUAGUAUCAGAGUAUACAGCAAGGUUCACUUUAUUAACUCUAUCAAAAGCAAACUCCCAUCAUUUGUUGUUUUAGAGAUACACACAAUGAAAGGUGUGAAAACAUUGUGCCGUGUAAUGUCAGUUACCGUGAAAAUGCCCAUAUAUGGAAUCAAGUGAUUUAACAAUGUUGAAAUUGGAAAGGUGUAGAAAUAAUUAACCUGAUGAAUAGAAAACUCCCCGAGCUUUUUUUUUAAUG